GAACCAAACUGACGAUGAGACUAUAAGUAGGUCAAGAUCCGUGUCGAGGAGUCAGUACGACUUCAUUAGCGACGAGAAGAAGUUCACCCGAGGUAUAAACGGAUAAGAAUUUGUCGUUGAAACCAAAGAAGAAAACAAAAAAAAAGGCAAAUAUCAACCAUGUCGAAGCUUCUGUUUUUCGUUUGCAUCGUUAUGCUGGUCGGAACCGUAAUCUCGGCGACCACGAGUUACGGAAAUACGAGGCACUCAAGCUCCAUCGCCGUACCUAGAUCCACGCAAAGAACAGCAUGCGGCCGUCACGGCGACUCUUGCGUCGGCAGAAACGCCAAGCAGUGCUGCAGCGGUACAAGUUGCCAUCCAUACGCGGGGAGAUGCCAAGCAAGAAUAACCGAAGCAGAUCUGGCCGAAGCCAGAUUCAAGAUUCUUGGAACCAGAGAGAAGGCCCAAUAACCUGACACGAACAAUUGUUUGAAAAAUAUACUUCCGUAAAUUUCAAUAAUGUAACGUAAUAAACACAAAACGAUGAAAAUUAAGCACAAAUAUAAUGCAUACGUAUUGUA